AUUAGGACUAGUAAAUUAGUCCUAAACAGAUUCGACGACAAACGACAUAUUCUCCCUAAUCGUAUUGAUACCCUAGCACAUGGGCAUUAUCGAAUUGAUUAAAUAAUCAUAAAAAAAAAUAUUGUUAUCAUUAUCACAAUUUUAUUAUUAUUAUUAUUGUUAUCACUAACGUAAUUGUUAUUAUUAUUGUUAUUAUUACUAUCACCAUUAUUAUUGUUAUUGUAUAAUCUGUUGAAUACGGUAUUGUGUGUGGCGGGAAAAAAUCACAAUUCAAAUAUAUAUAUAUAUAUAUAUUAUAAUAUAUACAUAACACACACACGUGCAUUCAUUAUUUUUAUCUUUAGGGGUAAAUACCAUAUCACAUACAGCAAUGCAAUCAUUUACGGCGAUGCAUAUAGCUAAUAAUUAAGUAGGCUUGAAAUAAAAUAUUAUUUCGUAUAUUUUUUUAUUAUUAUUAUUAUUAUUAUUAUUAUUAUUAUGUAGAACGUUAUAUUAUUAGAUACAUUGUGUAGUGGAUAACGAAUAAUCGUAUUUAUCAACCAUCCUCAUCAUAUUUUAUAUUAUUUUUAUCUUAUCAUCAUUACCUUAUCUUAUCUUAUACUUACCCUUAUCUUCAUACAUACUUAUCCGAUAUAUUAUACCUAGGUCUUGGCAACAUUAUUAUUAUUAUUAUUAUUUUUUUUUUUUUAAAAACCCCCGCUCAUUCGCACUGUGAUAAGAAGUGGGGUGAGGAUAUUUUAUAUGCCUACAUACGGUGUUCUGAUGGCUAGCAAUUCUCCAUCAGUCAUUCUUUGGAGUUAACCAAUUACGAACGUGUAAUAAAAAUAUAUUAUAUUAAUAUGUCGUCAGAGGAGUGUUCGUUUUUCGACUGUGUCCCCAAGUCUCGAUGUUUGUCACCACAAUUAUUUCGAGAGUCUUACAAUCCGGCUCACUAUACGCUACGUAUUGUCGAACCCGAGGUCGAGCCCGAGGUCGUGCAAGAAUCGUUUGGAUUUAAUCCAGGUCAGAGAUUUCCGUGCGAGCCGCCCGAUUCUUGGGAGGCGGACGGACAACGAUUUCCGUGCGAGCUGCCGGAUUGGUAUAGCCCGCCUGUCUUUGAUAUGUUCCUGAUAUCCGGCAAAUUCGCAAGCGGUGGAGAUGCACUACGUGAGUCUUAA